AUGUUUCUCGGCCCUCCCUCCCUUUUCUUCCUUCAGAGCGAUGAUCUCGACGAGCUGGAUGCGAUUCUCUUUCCAUCGCUGCCCGGUAGCAUGGCCAGCAUCGCCAGCAUCGCUAGCAGCAGCAACCUCAGCAGGCCCGCCGCCGUUCUCCCGCCGCCUCAGCAGUGCCACCCCUUCCACCAUCGCGAACAUCCGCGUCACAAGCACAAGCACAAGUACAAGCGCGCUCACGCGCUCAAGCAGAAGCACUCCCAACAGUUUCGCGACGCGUCCGUUUUUCGGCGCGACAGCGCGGCGGCGCGCAGAGCGUUGGAUCGCCUGCUGUCGGACGGUGGGAUCGCCGGCAAGCGAGCUCGCAGCGCGCGUGGGAGCACUCGAGGCGGUUGCGAUUGCGGCCAUGACGGUGCGAAGAUCGAGAGAGGCGCGGGAGGGACGGCGCUGGAGGUUCGCGAGGUCUGCGAGACUGGCGAAAUUGGCGUCGUUGGCGAGGACGACCGUUGGCGAAGCGAAAGCAGACAGUUCAGUGUGAGGCGUGAAGGAGGAGUGGCGGAGACGCUCAAGUUCGAUCGGUUGGAACUGGUUGAGUCGACUCUGAGGCCGGUGGUUGAUCUCACAUGCGAACCGAGGAACGGUGCGAAUGGUGCGACUGCUGCGAACGUCGCGGAUGCUCCGAACGCCGCGAACGUCGCAGAUGUUACGACUCCCGCCGCGAACGGUGCAGCGAACGGUGCAGCGAACGGUGCAGCGAACGGUGCGAACGAUGCUCCAGGUGGGACGAGCGGCGUCGACGGGCGAAGCAACGGCGGUGCCGCCAGCGGGGCCGACGAUCAUCUCGCGAGUCGACACGACGUCGACGGCAGCGCAAUUAACGUCUCGCGAAGCCACGAGAAGACCGCGGAGUGUCAUUGCGCUUUUCGCGGAGAAGAAGGGGCUGCUUGCGCAGGCAGGAGCGAGGACAGCAAGGGGAUUAAGGGAAUCAACAGUAAGCGCCCGUGGUCUUCCCCGCUCGUUGCGUACCUCCUCUCUCCGCCGUCCCCUCGCCCCGCGAAGCGCCGAAGCCUCCCCGUCACGCCCGCGCCGUCGCCAAUUUCGCAGGGGGGUUUACCCAGUGGUUUCUUGUCGCCCGGAAUGGAGACAAGGGUUUUCAGACUUCCCGCUGCCGCCUCCUCCUCCGCACCUGCUGCUACUACUGCUCCCUCCGCCGCCGUCGCCGCCGCCGCUUCCGCCGACGCGCCUGCCUCUCCUGCCGCUGCUGCUGCCGGCGCGUUCCCGUCGCGGCGGUGCUCACACUGCUCGACGACAACGACGCCACAGUGGCGCACGGGGCCUCUGGGCGCGAAGACGCUGUGCAACGCGUGCGGCGUGCGGUUCAAGUCCGGGCGCCUGUGCCCCGAGUACCGCCCCGCCAACAGCCCCGGAUUCUCCCCGAACCUGCACUCGAACCUGCACCGGAAGAUCGUCCAGAUGCGGGAGAGGCGCGGCGGCGAGGGGGACGAGGGGGGUGAGAGGGAUUGCAGCCCUCAAGACGGGGUUGGGGCAGGGGAACUUGUGAGGAGGGAGGUUCUGGGUUUAAGGAAGAUUAAGAAGGUGAAGGAGUGUGUGGAGGGAGGGACGGUGGAGAAAGAGCAAGGAAGAACUGGAAACAUGGGUGUAGCAGUACUACAGGAGAAGGCUCAGGAAAGGGUUCAUGAGAGCGUUCAGGAGAGAUUGCAGGAGAGGGUUACGGAGGGUUUGGAUGAGGAGGUUGUUGCCAUAACCCCUGCCAGCCCCGCCAGCUUUGCUAUGACCCCUGCCAGCCCGUCUAUAAGCCCGGACCGCAUGCGCCACCUCGUUGCGCGGGACCCUUCCGCGGCCUUCGUUCCGCCGUCGCUCGCCUCUUCCGCCUCCGCCACCUUGCGCUGCCCGCAAUGCGCCGCGCCGAUAUCAAUCCCGCAGCCGACAGUAAGCUCUUCUUUUCUCGUUCCCUCGCGUUUCUUCGCCUUUCUUCACCGUCUUCCACUUCAUUCCACCUUCUCCCCCCGUCUCUCCUCUCCCUCGCAUCAUGCUUUCCCCAUUAUCGUCCCUUGUCAUUCCGCCGCUUCAAUCACCCAGUCCCGCGCAACAGGCGCGAAUGGCGCAGCAGCAAACAACCCAGGCCAUGGGGGGCCUUCCGCGCGGACAGAGGGAGGCGGAGCGGGGGGAGGCGCAGGGAUAAGCGGAGGGGGAUGGCGCAUGGCGCCUUUCAUGCGGGAUAGCCUUGCCACGGUGAGAUGGGAGGGUGGGGUGGAGGGAGGGGAGGGGGGAGAGAAGGGGGGGAGAGAAAGGGGGGAGAGAAGGGAGGAAGGGGGAAGGAGGGGGAGGGUGAAGGGGGAGGGAGAAGAGGGGGUCACAGUCACGGCCUUGCUAGGCGCGGCCAUGGGAGGAACCAUUGCGUCCGUCUACGCUUUCAACGCAGUGAUGCCUCGGCUGGGCAAGCGCAUACCCGGAUCCAGGGGACUGCAAUACCUAUUGGGGGUUCCGCCAGUGACAGUGGCUGCAGCAGCAGGUGCAGGAGUGGGAGCCGGCACCCUCCCUGCACUCAUCCAGCUCUGCAUGUCAGCGUACUAUGUCACAUCCGCGUCAACACAUGCUGCUGUCAGUGCGGCAGAGCAAAGGGUCAUGGCUAAUGCUAGUGGUGCUGCUGCCGCUGGUGGUGCUAGUGGUGGCGCUGAUUCAAUAAGAAAAGAGUCUGAUGCCGCUAAAUGA